AGUCAUCACCUUCUGUCCUGCCGCUUAGUGUCGACCGAAUACAAACAAGAUAAGGACUAGCGGGAUAGGCUGCACACCGUUUACGCUAUUUUUGGACGUUGCGACUUUCUGCUCAGUUAGUAGAGGGUGUUCGUCUCGUUCUCUCUCCCCCGCCCCAAACACUGUUUCUAAUUUGUUUGCAGGGGCGCUCGCAAUUUCACGAUGACGAUCGACUUCGAUCUCACCCUCUUCAUCAAGGAGACGCAGCUGCAGCACGGCCUGCGCGCCGAGGACUACACGCGCUACCACCAUUACACCACCAACCGCCUCGCCGCCUUGCGCCAGCAGCUGAGCCUGUCGAACGACAAGAAGAGGUUUUUACGAAAGGAGGUGACGGUGCAGAACGCAACGGAUGCGCGACAUUUAAUGCUGCUCGCCCUCUACGCCGAGCGCUGCUGGGCCGAGGCGGAGGCGAUGCAGGUGCAACUGCAGGCCAAGAAGGAAGCACGCGGCGGUGACGCGAACAAGCCAAAAGGCGGCGUGGCGCCGGCGGAUCAGUACCGCAAGCGUCUCAACAAGUCCGUGAAGUGGGCCGCGAAGUUGACGGAGGUGGCGAACGCGGUGGCGUCGGAGCGGGUGCAGCAGGAGUGCACCGCCUACUUGAAAGACACCGCCGGCCGUUGCUACGCCGCCCAUGGGAAGUUCAAAGAGGCGAAGGAGGCGUUUCUGCUCGCGCGGGAGACCUACGCGGCGCUGCGCUCGACCAGCACGGAGACGCAGUGGAUCGUGAUUGCGUCAAAGCUCAACGAGCUCGAUGACCGCGCCACCUACUGCAUGCAGCGCCUCGGCGAGGACCCAUCGUCGUACCACCCCGCCCCCAUCUUUCACACUCACGGCGGUGCGACGGGCGACGAGGGGGUAUCUCUGCAGGUCGGCGGAGCCUCGCAGCUGUCGUGGAACGGCCGCACGCUGAGCGUGUUCAGCAUCAAGGUGAAGGACGCGCUACGGGAGGCGCAGGCGGUGGAGGUGGAGGCGACGGAGGUGAAGCUGCGGGAGACGCGCGGGCCGGUGCCGGUGGGUCAGUCGAACCGCGUGCUGGAUUUGAUGGACCGGCGCAUCAACUACUACAACGACGCUCUUGCCCACGCUCGGCAGGACCUCCGCGCGGCGCAGGAAGGCGUUGGCAAGACGGAGUAUCAGCUCAUCGUCCAUUGCAUUCUCUUCCACGUCGCGCACGAGACGCUGCGGCGCACCUUGUUUCUCGCCGCGCUGUACAGUCGGCGCUUUGAGGCGACGGAGCGGACGCUGCGGGCUGGUGGCCGGCAGUUGAGCAGUGGGUCCGCCGCCGCCUCCUCUCCGCAGGUGAUGAAGCACCAUAGCCAACAGCAGCAGCAGCAGCAACGGAAGAAGAAGUCGGAAAUUUCACCGACGCAGUUCGCCUCGCCCCUCGAGGUGGUCCGUCUCUACCAGGCCGCCGCGGGCAGCGUGGAGGAGAUGGAGCUGCUGCCCGGCGUGGCGGGUCGCGACGACGUGGAGUCGCUGCAGGCGGUCUGCCUCGCUGGUCAGCUCUUCUACACUGGCGAGAGCUGGCGUGUGUCGCAGGCGUGGGUCACUGCGAUGCCCUUCUACCGCGAUGCGCUGGUGAUGCUGCGGGAGGCCACUGGGCCGUACGUGGCCGACCUGCAAGAGCUAAUUGAGCAGCGGUUGAUGCAAGGGGCGGCGGAGGUGGUCUUGGCGACGUCGCCGUCCGCAUCGUCUGCGACUGCGGCUGCUGUGGGGUAUUUGAACGAGGCGGGGAAGGAGACAGUAGGUGUAGCGCAGGGCAUUAUGCGUUUCCCUCCCGAUUUCCAGGCCGCCCCGUGCAAGCCGGUCUUUGUGGACAUCGCCUCCACGUUUGUCGAUUACCCGAUGGAGGAAGAGGCGGCGACAGAGGUGGCGGCUUCUCAGAAGGGCGGUAACGGCAACACGUCAGGUGCGAAGCCGAAGGAAGCAAAGAAGAAGGGCUGGUUCGGGUGGGGCAGCUGA